AAAAAGCUUUUAGAUAAGCGAAAUACUCGAUAUAUAAAAUCCCGACCUGGUCAAUUUUUAAAAGUGUUGUUUUCUUGUCGUAGUGCUUCAUCUGCUAGUUUAGUAAAACAAUGGGAAAAUGUGGGCAUUGUUAAGGGUGUACCUCAAAGUAGCAAUCUUAGGAACAACGAACUACAUGUGCAGCAACAUUACAGCAGCCAACAAUCGCAGCCAUCGCCGUCGCUACAUAUUCCUUUAGUUCCACGCCAUGAAAAAUCUCGUCCAAAUCCUAUUGAAUUGCGCUUAAGUGGUGCUGAUGGUGACAACAAUGAUUUUCUUGCAAAUGGUGCUUAUCAAGAAACGAAUAGUAUUACCAAUAACAACAACAACAACAACAUUUAUCAACAUUUAGGUGCUCAUAACAGUAAAUCAGUUAAUGAAAUCAAUUUGGCAGAAGUGCGAAAUGCGUUAGAUCGAGGUACCAUGGCAGUCCCCUUAUCAGAAGAGCAUAAUUUGGGAGGAAGCGCUGAAAUAAUGUUUCCCCCAACAGCUGCAAUUUCCAAUGAAAAUCUUCUAGAUAUAUUCAAUGGCAAUUCAAGCCAAUUAUAUAAAUUUAAUAAUUCACCCGACGAUUUAUAUAAACAGGCUACCACAAUAUCGGCUAAUGGCGCGCUGGUUCCACCGCCUUAUCGUGAUCCUCCACCGCCGCGCAACAGCCCUUUGCAACUUAAUCAACAGUCACAAACACAAAAUUUAACAGCACAUUUAACUAACGUAAACACCAAUAGCACCGAAAGUAAUUUAUCUCCGUCUAUGGGCGUUAUGACGACUAAGGAUGUGCAAACCUCUUCUAGUGAAGGAGAUUAUGAUAUAGUAGAUUAUUCCCGUUUAAGCGAUUUAGUUAUACCCUCGAACAUGGAUGAAAGUGAAAGUAUUUUCCAGGCCACGCAAUAUAAUGAUUUAUUACAAUUGAUAAAAUGCCAACGCGAGAAACUCAAUGCUCAACAAACGGAAUUGAAUAAAUACGACGCCGAAAUACUCUAUUUGGAAACUAAAGAUCACGACCAAACGCAAGAAUUGGAGGCUAUAUCUAGAGAAAUUACCUUAGUCGAUCAGUUAUUCAGACAGGGUAGCGAGCAGCUUCAAACUCUGCAAUACGUUGAAGAGGAAAAUGAAUUAGUCAAGCAACAAGAAAAGACAUUGAAAUCGGAAAUUGCUCUCUUGCGCUCCAAAUUAGCUAAUUGUGAAACAGAAUUGUUACAGUGCAAAAAUAAAAUACGCCUUUUAAUGGAUGACAUCGAAAUUGAACAACGAUCAAAUUGCAAACAAAAUAAACGGCAAAUGGUUGAACGCGAUUUACUUAUGGAAAUGGAGCGUAUUCAAAGUGAAAUCGAUCAGGCCAUUCAUAAUACCGAUACAUCGAAUAAUACCGCUGAAAAUUUGAAAAAGGAAAUUGCACUAAUUGAAAACGCUAUAGCCGAAAAAAAGAGACAAGUAAGGACUACGUUAAAAAAGUUCUCUUAA